AUGCUCGAGCUCUUCCGCGAUACGACCUUCGGUCGCCUGUUACGUAUCGUUACCCGUAACAAGAUCCUCCAAUUUGAAGACGAGAAAGACCCUUCCAUCUGGAAACGCUACGUCGAUGUCGAAGGUUCCGGCCAUCUCGCUCACCACGGCUCCACCGAGCCCCCAGAAGAAGGUCAAGGUUCACCCGAACGCGUCACCGGCGACCUUCACUCGCACUCAGACGACGAGAAGGAGAAAGACCCUGAAGACUCUGAUGGCACCCGUGUUCCCUCGGGAGGCGAGAACGUUAAUUAUGCUAGCGGCGUGAAGGUCGAUGGUGAGAAGGGGAAGGAUAUCCACCUCGUCUCCUGGUACGGCGAAAACGACCCCGAGAACCCUCAGAACUGGUCGCUCUUCAAGAAAUGCUUCGUCACCGGCCUCAUCUGCCUCCUCACCACCUCCGUCUACAUCGGUUCCUCCAUCUACACUCCGGGCAUCAUGAACAUCAUGGAAAUCUUCGGCGUCUCUAAAGUCGCCGCCACACUCGGCUUGACGCUCUUCGUCGCCGGCUACGGUAUCGGACCUAUGUUGUGGGCUCCCAUGAGCGAGAUUCCUCAGAUCGGACGUAACCCCAUUUACCUCGGUACCUUGGCUGUAUUCGUCGCGUUCCAAGCCCCUACCGCCUUGGCUAGCAACUUCGGUAUGCUUCUCGCCUUCCGCUUUCUGACCGGGUUCUUCGGCUCGCCUGUGCUUGCUACUGGCGGUGCGUCCAUCGGCGACAUCUGGAGCCCCAAAGUUCGCGCCUACCCGAUCACUAUCUGGGGUAUCGCCGCCAUCUGCGGUCCAGUUUUGGGUCCUUUGGUUGGUGGCUAUGCCGUGCAAUUUGCUCCCGUUGCAGAUCCCAUCACAGCGCCCUGGGCCUGGCCGAUUUGGGAAUUGAUGUGGUUGUCGGCGUUUUGCUUGGUCAUGUUGUUCUUCUUCUUUCCCGAGACCAGCGCGAACAACAUCCUGGUGCGCCGCGCCCAGCGUCUGCGCAAAGUCACUGGUAACGACAAGCUCAUCUCUCAGCCGGAACUCAUGUCGCAGGAGAUGACCGGCAAGGACAUUGUCAUGAUGUCAUUGGUCAGACCAUUCACGCUGAACUUCACGGAGCCGAUGGUUUUCCUUCUCAACUUAUACAUCGCGCUGAUCUACGGCUUGCUUUACGUUUGGUUUGAAUCCUUCGUCAUCGUCUUCGUCGAGAUUUACGGCUUCGGCUUGGGCGCCGAGGGUCUCGCCUAUUUCGGUAUCCUGAUCGGAGCCUUUGUCGUCAUUGUCCCCUACUUCCUCUACCUCAAGUAUGUGCUCGAGCCCAAAUUCGACGAGAACGGCAAUGUCAAACCAGAAGAACGCUUGGUACCUACCAUGGUCGGAUGCUUUUUCAUCCCGAUCUGCCUUUUCUGGUUCGGCUGGACCUCCCGCGCGUCAAUCCACUGGAUCGUCCCCAUCAUUGGCUCCUCCUUCUUCUCUAUCGGGGCUGUCCUUCUCUUCAACAGCAUCCUCAAUUAUCUCCCGGACGCCUACCCGGAAUACGCCGCCAGUGUGCUCGCCGGAAACGAUCUCAUGCGAAGCAGUUUCGGUGCAGGCUUCCCGCUUUUUGCCGGUGCCAUGUACAACAACCUCGGCGUGGGCUGGGCGAGUAGUUUAUUGGCAUUUUUGGGCAUCGCGUUUAUCCCGAUUCCGUUCGUGCUUUAUAAGUACGGUGAAACACUCCGAAAGAACCACUCCAAGCACGCCCGCAAGGAUAUCUAG